AUGGUCAUCACUACGAAAGAACCUUCAACAAGUGAGAAGGCUAGAUGGCCUACACAGUGGCUAUGCAGCUGGGGCGCCAGCCCAGCACAUACAGCAGAAUGGAAUCUAGCAGGAAAGGACCGAGCCCGUCUUGGUUUCUGGGUUUUAGUGAACAUUGUGGCUACAGUUUCAAUCGUGAGCCUUUCCUACCAUAGCUUGACAGAAAGUCGGUAUACUGAACGGUGCAAGGUGUUCACCAAUAAGUCGAUUUUUGCCAACGGGUCAUUCGGCAACUGCCAGAUUGGCUUCGCAUGCUACCACUUUUUUGUCACAGGCUUCACCUUGUGGAUUGCAUCGCGACCUUGGUGUGGCGUUUUCACCGCAAAACGAGUUCCAGUCCUUCAGACGCUCCACCUUGCUAUCUUGAUGUGCUUGCAAGUCAUCCUACAGAAUCUCUCGUUGGCCUUUUCAUCUGUCAUAUUCUACCAACUCGUGCGACUACUUUUGACACCACUCACGGCUUUGUUGAACUUUCUCCUCUACCGCGCAACCAUUCCAAAGGCGUCCAUCCUGCCCUUGAUAAUGCUGUGCGCGGGCGUUGGGACUGUAUCAUACUAUGAAUCCCUGCCUAAAACGCACGGCAACAUCACGACAUCCUCUCAAGGUGCAGUCUUUGCCUUCACUGGCGUCGUUGCCAGUUCUCUAUACACUGCAUUCAUCGGACAUUAUCACCGAAGAUUCGAAAUGAGUAGCGUGCAGCUCCUCUUCAAUCAAGCACCCAUGAGCGCAGUUGUGCUUCUCAUUGUGGCUCCCUUUUUCGAAAAACCGUCCACAGACGUUGUGGUCUCUGGGUCGUUAUGCGUUUCUAUUCUUGCGAGUGGUGUACUAGCUUGUCUUGUCAACCUGUCCCAAUUUUUUAUCAUUGACGCUGUUGGCCCUGUUAGCAGCACCGUCAUCGGCCACUUGAAAACUUGCAUAAUUAUCGGAUUAGGCUGGCUCUGGAGUGAUAGGCCGAUCUCGAGGGAAAGCAUCGGCGGGAUUUUCAUGGCCUUGGCUGGAAUGACUCUGUAUGUGAUGACCCGUUACGCUUGA